CCCCAUUUUCCCACUCUCACUCAACUCUCUUCCGGAACCCUCUCUCGGCUUUUCCCUCUCUGUGUUUUCUCUAGGGUUUUCCCCUACUCCUCCGAUCCACUGAAUCAUUUCCUCCCUCGAAGAAACCAGAAAUGGCAGCCGUAACAGCAGCCCAGCCGCGCUCUUCCAAGACGGAGUCCUAUGUGGACAACAAGCGUAAGGAAGACAUCCGCCAAGCCAACAUCAACGCGGCACGAGCCGUGGCCGACGCCGUCCGAACCAGCUUAGGACCCAAAGGUAUGGACAAAAUGAUCUCAACCGCCAACGGCGAAGUCAUUAUAACCAACGACGGAGCCACCAUCUUAAACAAAAUGGAAGUCCUCCAACCCGCAGCUAAAAUGCUCGUCGACCUCUCAAAAUCCCAAGACGCCGCCGCCGGUGACGGCACCACCACCGUCGUCGUCAUCGCCGGUGCUCUCCUUAAACAAUGCCUCUCCCUUCUCUCCCACGGGAUCCACCCCACUGUUAUCUCCGAUUCUCUCCACAAGGCUUCGAUUAAAGCCGUCGAUGUCCUCACCGCCAUGGCCGUCCCUCUCGAGCUCUCUGACCGCGAAUCCUUAAACAAAUCUGCCAGCACUUCGUUGAACAGCAAGGUUGUUAGCCAGUACUCAACUCUUCUCGCGCCGCUAGCCGUUGAUUCUGUUCUCUCCGUGGUUGAUCCAGAAAAACCGGAUUUGGUUGAUUUAAGAGACAUCAAGAUUGUGAAAAAGCUUGGCGGGACCGUGGACGAUACGGAGUUAGUGAAAGGGUUGGUUUUCGAUAAGAAAGCGAGCCAUGCUGCUGGAGGACCAACUAGAAUGGAGAACGCAAAAAUCGCGGUAAUUCAGUUUCAGAUUUCCCCACCCAAAACUGAUAUAGAACAGAGUAUUGUAGUUUCGGAUUAUACUCAAAUGGAUAGGAUAUUGAAAGAGGAAAGGAAUUAUAUUUUGGGUAUGAUUAAGAAGAUUAAGGCAACGGGUUGUAAUGUUUUGUUGAUUCAAAAGAGUAUUUUGAGGGAUGCAGUUACGGAUUUGUCAUUGCAUUAUUUGGCCAAAGCAAAGAUUAUGGUUGUUAAGGAUGUUGAGAGGGAUGAGAUUGAGUUUAUUACCAAGACUUUGAAUUGUUUGCCUAUUUCCAAUAUUGAGCAUUUUCGGGCCGAGAAGUUGGGGCAUGCAGAUCUUGUUGAGGAGGUUUCACUUGGGGAUGGGAAGAUUGUGAAGGUUACUGAGAUUAAGAAUAUGGGAAGGACUACUACUGUUUUAGUUCGGGGUUCGAACCAGUUGGUUAUUGAUGAAGCUGAGAGGAGUUUACAUGAUGCCUUGUGUGUGGUUAGGUGUUUGGUGAAUAAGAGGUUUUUGAUUGCUGGUGGUGGUGCUCCGGAGAUUGAGUUGUCAAGGCAGCUUGGUGCUUGGUCUAAGGUGUUGCACGGGAUGGAGGGUUACUGUGUCAGGUCAUUUGCUGAGGCACUUGAAGUUAUUCCUUACACAUUGGCUGAGAAUGCGGGGUUGAACCCGAUUGCUAUUGUGACUGAGCUUAGGAAUCGGCAUGCUCAAGGGGAGAUCAAUGCUGGGAUCAAUGUGAGGAAGGGACAGAUUACUAAUAUCUUGGAGGAGAAUGUGGUGCAGCCACUGCUUGUAAGCACAAGCGCAAUUACUCUUGCAACAGAGUGUGUGAGGAUGAUUUUGAAGAUUGAUGAUAUUGUUAAUGUGAGGUAGUUUUGUGCACUGGAGAUGAAGUGUGUCUUGCUAGUAAUCUUUUACAUUUGUGUGUUAUCUGAAUUAGUGGUUUUGUUUCUUUAUGACUAUGUUUAAGAAUUUUGAAUUGGCAAUCUUCUGCCAAAUAUUUGCUUUCGACAAUGAUAUUUUAUGGUCGCUCUUUCUGCAAGUUUUGCUUGUCUUCA